CUGUUCAAAUGCAAUAAUGUACCUGUACUUUCUUUGAAUGGUAUAAAGCAUUCCACUUAAUUAUAUUAAUGAUCAUUAUUUUUAUUAGCAAGGAUAAAUAAGUCCUUUAUAAGUAUUAUCAUCUGCCUCUUUUCUAGUGACAUUGGCAGUAUUUAUAUUUUCUUGAUAAUCAAGUACCAUUUCGUCCAGUUCUUUUUUCUUUGUUUCUUUUUUUUAAGGUAAUGGGGGUUAAAUGACUUGCUCAGGGUCACACAGCUUGUAUAUAUCAAGUGUCUGAAAUAGAUUUGAACUCAGGUCCUCCUGAUUCUAGGGCUAUUGAUUGGGCUAUCCAGUUGCUCCCUGGCCAGUUAGUUUUCUCAGAACCUUGUAUCUUUCUAUUACCUGCAAUAAUUUAGAUUCCUUCUUUUCUAUUUCUUCCUUAGACAUUUUUCUAUUUUGUUAAUUUUGGGGUAAAAUUAAUUCACUGUGGAAUGAAAUGAGAAUCUUGUCUAAUCUUUAGAACCAUCAGCCCAGGUGCCUUGCCAUUGGCUGGUUAGGAAAGAGGAAGCAGAAUGUCCUCAUUGUUACACCAUAAGUUUAAAACUUUAGACUCUGGUUUGGUUAGUGCCAAUGACUUGGUCAGAUUGUUUUUGGCACCUCUUUUUUGGUGAUCAGAAGCUGACAAGAUAAAAUACCUUCUAAGUCUUCUGAAUCUACCAGGUAGUUAGGUCUUGCCAUUAUCUAGGUGGUGCAGCUGCUUUAUUACCCUGAGAUUAUUUGGGGGUUUUAGGGAACUCUGGAAGGAAAAAUGGGCCUAUCCUUUAGCACCUUAUUCUAGAAUAACAUAUUAAAGUUAAAAGAUUAGUUUAGUUAGUCUUUGUCUUGUCUUUUUAUAGAGCAGGUUAUCCUGAAAAAACGUUUAACAAUGAUAAUUAAGUACCAGUAUUAUGUUACAUGCCAUAGAGAAUGCAUAAAAUACAGAGUUUUCCUACCCUUUUAUUUUGCUUGUAGGUUCAAAUCGAUAUUUGUGUGUGGGGAUUUCAGUUGAAAGGCGGGCCUGUCAAAAAUGGAACCAAACUCGCUGAGGACUAAAGUUCCAGCAUUUUUAUCUGAUUUGGGAAAAGCUACCUUGCGCGGGAUCAGGAAGUGUCCCCGGUGUGGCACAUAUAAUGGAACCCGAGGACUGAGUUGUAAGAACAAAACAUGUGGAACCAUUUUUCGCUAUGGAGCACGAAAGCAACCCAGCAUUGAAGCUGUCAAAAUAAUCACAGGAUCUGAUCUACAUAUCUACUCAGUGCGGCAGAGAGACAGGGGUCCAGAUUACCGAUGUUUUGUGGAGUUGGGUGUUUCAGAGACGACGAUUCAGACAGUGGAUGGUACCAUCAUUAGCCAGCUGAGCUCAGGACGUUGUUAUGUCCCUUCGUGUUUAAAAGCAGCCACUCAAGGUGUUGUUGAAAAUCAGUGUCAGCAUAUCAAGCUGGCCAUAAACUGCCAGGCAGAGGCCACACCUUUGACCUUGAAAAGCUCAGUCUUGAACUCAAUGCAGGCCUCCCCAGAAACCAAACAGACCAUCUGGCAGUUGGCCACAGAGCCUACUGGUCCACUAGUACAAAGGAUUACUAAAAACAUUUUGGUAGUGAAAUGCAAGGCCAGCCAGAAGCACAGCUUAGGGUAUUUGCAUGCAUCCUUUGUUCAGAAAAUCAGUGCCAAGAGCAUGACAGAGCGCCGGUUCUUCUGUUCCUGCCAGACUCUGAAAUCAAACAAGUCGAACACCUCCAAGGACGAGCUGGCCCAGAGAUGCAUUCACUUCUUUGCGUGCAUCUGUGCCUUUGCCAGUGAUGAGACAUUGGCUCAGGAAUUCUCUGACUUUCUCAGUUUUGAUUCCAAUGGUCUUAAAGGGAUUAUUGUGCCCCAGUUAGGUUGUCAUCCAGAAUCUGCAGCACAGAUUUGUGAAUCCACUGCUUCUAAGCCAAAGAAGAGGAAAAGGGAUGAAGCAUCUGCCUGUAAUCAGCUGCUAGAUGAAUCACAAGUGACUUUGUCUUUCCAAGAUUGGCUGGCCAGUGUCACAGAACGCAUCCACCAAACCAUGCAUUAUCAAUUUGAUGGUAAACCAGAGCCAUUGGUGUUUCACAUUCCUCAGUCCUUCUUUGAUGCUCUACAACAAAGGAUCUCUGUUGGAAGUGCAAAGAAAAGGCUCCCCAACUCCACCACAGCUUUUGUGCGAAAAGAUGCCUUGCCACUGGGAACCUUCUCUAAAUACACCUGGCACAUCACAAAUAUCCUGCAGGUUAAGCAAAUCUUAGACACUCCUGAGAUGCCCUUGGAAAUUACCCGAAGCUUCAUCCAGAACCGGGAUGGAACUUAUGAGUUGUUUAAGUGCCCCAAAGUGGAAGUAGAGAAUAUAGCAGAAACUUAUGGUCGUUUAGAGAAACAGCCAGUGCUCCGACCUUUGGAACUGAAAACUUUUCUGAAAGUUGGCAACACCUCUCCAGAUCAGAAGGAGCCGACACCUUUUAUCAUUGAAUGGAUUCCAGAUAUUUUGCCCCAGUCCAAGAUUGGUGAACUGAGAAUCAAGUUUGAAUAUGGCCACCAUCGCAAUGGACAUACAGCUGAAUACCAGGAGCACCGCCCCCCAUUAGACCAUACCUUAGAGUUGACACCUUUGACUACCAUCACAUUUCCAUGAAGCAAAAGAACCUUUUGCUGCUGAGUUUGCACAUCUCCACUCCUUGGCAAUUUCAGAUACUCCUUAGGCACUUAGACAUUGACAGUUUCUUUAGCAAACUGCUUUUUGAAUAGGAUGUUUUUUUCCCCCAAAGCAUCCAACUGCUGGGUUAUAUCGAAGAAAAAUAUCUUCUUGUAAAUAGCAUGUUUUGGUGCUGUUCUGUUUGCUCUUUAGAUGAAUUGUGCUGUAUUUCUGCUGGGGUUAAGUGUGGGAAAGAGAAACCUUCUCUUAUCUGGACAUUUCCUUUAGAACUUAUUUCUAUCUUUUUUAAAAAAAAACAUUCUUAAGAAAUCAGUUAGCUAAAACUCAAAUCUUAACUGAUUUCAGAGAGUGUUGGCAAGAUAAUAUCCUAGUUAGGACAAACGUAUUAUCACUUGGAGCAUAAUGGGACAGCUCCAGUUAUGUUCUUUGUUCUUUUCUUAAAAUAAAACACAUUGUCACCCCUUUUCAAGAUGA